GUUUACUGCUCACAUCUUUAAAGCGAUCCCUCCUUGUAGCAUGUGACGCAUCAGCACUGUUUUAUUUUUUAUGUUUAGUUUAUAAAGAUAAUUUAUUUAUAAAUAGUUCAGAACAAAAAAAAAAACGCUGACUUAAUUAUUUUAUCAAGAUCCAGCAGUAAUUAUGUUUCCUUAACUUCCUGUUUGUUGGUUUUACUCGUUUUUGUUUUUUUCAUCAGUAGGAGCACUCUACGUAUUUUUUGCUUUCUCUUUUUAAAUACUUGUGCAUAUGUUUUAGCAGUGAAAGUUCACUGACUUGACCAACAUGAAGGAAGAAAUUGCCGCCGCCGUGUUCUUCGUGGCCCGCCUGGUUAAACGGUACGGAUGUCUGGAUAAGGACAGCCGGGAUCGCUUCGCCGCCGCACUCACGUCCGCUUUGUUGGAGAGCUACAAAAACCACUGGCACCCGAACGCACCAACCAAAGGGCAGGCCUACAGGUGUCUACGUAUGAAUCGUGUGCAGCUGCAAGACCUCGUGUUGCAGAAGGCGUGCGACAGAAGCGCAGUUCGCUACGAGGACCUGGGCCUCCCUGAAGAACUGACCUUAUGGGUCGACCCUGGCGAGGUUUCAUGCAGGUAUGGCGAACACAGUGCCCCCUUCUCCAUCUCAGCGGUAGUCGGCUGCGGGCGGCGAAUGGGUGAGUUUUCCCGCCGCAUCCACGAUGCCGUGGAGCGCGCCAGUUUGGGUGUGGCCUCGGGCAGUUCUUCGGAAGAGGAGGAGGAAGAUGAUGAUGACGACGACGAUGGCGACGGCAGCAGCAGUGGCAACAGCGUCCUGUCUUCCCUGUGCCCCCCGGCCAACCCUGAACCCAAGACCAUCCCCACCGUCAACAACCCCAAUAGCGUCUACAGGUUCAGCGAGUUUGCUCUCGGCGCCCCCAAGACGUGGCUCAUGUACCCAAAGAGGAAGGCCUUCAUGGGGGAUGUUUUUCAGCCUCCUGCCCCUCCUCCUCCUCCUGGAGGUCCCGCACAGCAGCUCUCUGGCCAGAAGGGCCUCAACCCCUACCGGGCCACUUUCACGUUCAGUGGCCCCCGUGUGGACAAGUACCACUGGGUCAGCAAAUACCGGUCCUAGAACCCACUCCCAAGUCUGGACCCAGACCAACGGGACAAGGACAUCUUUGAAGUAUGAAUUUAGUCCUAUAUGUGCGUGAUUUAAAAGGUUAUUUUUGUUUUUUUUGUUUUUUGCUCUUUUAACUUCUUGACACGUCUUUUUUUUAAAUGUAAAUGUGUUUUUUAACUUGCUCACCUGUCAAUAAAGUAGUAUUGAACUGUGGCUGAAAAGAAAUAAAGAAAUGUGUGCAAUCUUCAAA